AUGGCCUCGCCCAACCUGUCGCCCUCGCCGGGCAUCUCACCGGUACUGACCACCUCGCCCUUCUUCGGCGGUCAGGGUGCCAGCGCUCCCAGCGCCCCCAGCCGCCCGGCGACGCACGGCUCUCCUCCACGGGCGACGCCACAGAGGGAUCCACAAGCGACCCUUUUGGCUGAGCUGGGCUUGGCCUACAGCGGUCUCGAAGGCUUCGAUGAGGCGGCCUCCGUUGGACAAGCUCAGCUGGGGCAGCACAUGCAGAGCCAAUUGAAGAAUCUCUUGGAUGCGGCUGCUGAUACCCCACGUCCUUUGGGAAGUCCCUUGGGCAAUUCUGGCACCGCGGCCUUCUCUCCUCAGGUGAGAGGCUCGUCGUCUCCGAAGGCGCAAGCGGCGCUGGUGCGGAGCUGCGAGCUGCGCGCGCCCGGGCCCGAGUACCAGGGCCCCAAGUUGGAGCCCGAGGCCACCGUGACCUUGGACUUUGUGAUGUCUCUGGUGAGACAUUUCCAACACCAAAGGAACGUGCCGCUCCCAGCACGGUACCUCUGCAGGCUUUUGGAGGAUGCUGAGAAGAUCCUCGAGAUUCGGGACAAAGAUGGCCCUGUACAUCAGUUAAGUCUGGCCAGCAAGCCGUCCAGACGGCCCCACGAGACAGAGAACUUGGUCAUCGUCGGGGACCUCCAUGGACAGCUUGCAGACUUGCUUUGGAUCUUUUUCAAGGUGGGCGUCCCUUCACCGAACAAUCGUUUCUUGGUGAAUGGCGACAUCUGCGACCGCGGGGAGAAUGCCACGGAGAUUUGGGCCCUGCUGUUUGCCUUUAUGUCCUUGUGGCCCGAAUCGAUCUACGUCCACCGGGGCAACCACGAGGAUCGGCUGCUGAACAUGGACUAUCAUUGUGGAGGCUUCUAUGAUGAGGUGCUGAGAAAGUAUGGCCGCCAGGGAACGGGGCAAAUGAUCUAUGAGAAGUUCGGACGGAUCUUUGCACGCCUACCGUUGGCAUCUGUGAUUGACAAUCAGAUCUUCGUGGUGCACGGCGGGCUUUCUCGUGGUGCGCCCGGCAGCUUCUUGCGCUUGCUCCGCGCCAAUCGGACGCGCAAUCCCGAGAUUCCCUCGGCAUCCAUGGGUGCCUCGGCGGUGGACCUCGCCUUCAUCGAUGCCAUGUGGGCCGAUCCCCAGGAGUAUCCCGGCUCCAGCCAGAACCCCCGCGGCCCCGGCCUCUCCGCGUUCGGUCCGGACGUCACGGAGCGGUUCCUGGCCGAGACGGGCUAUGCCCUGGUGGUGCGGUCCCAUCAGGUGCCUCCGAACAAUGAUGGCUUCUACGUGCAUCAUAAAGGAAAGCUCUUCACGGUGUUUAGUGCUUCCAACUACUGUGGUCUCACAGGUAAUCAAGGAGCGGUGCUGGUCGUCAAGAAAGACAGCCAGAUCGAGGCGGUGAGGCACAUGGCACCGCCCUUCGAAGCCUUGCAGGAGGUCACCAUCGAGGCACCAGAGGUCGCAGAUGAAACCCCUGCGGCGGUGCGGCGCACGCGACAGCUUCAACGACAGUCGACGGCUGGCCAAGUGGAGCUGCGCGAAGCACAGGCGUCGCUAAAAGAUGAGGAGCGCGCGCAGAAGAUGUACCAAGAGGUCUUCCAUCACGCCUCACGCUGGGUGGUGGAAAAGAAAGCCGAGCUCUUCUCGUUUUGGGAGCAGUGCGAAUCUUCACCGCCCAAAGGCUUCAUCACCAAGCGCGAGUGGGAGGCCAUCACAUUGGCACUUCCUACGCCCUGCGCAUUUGCACAGCUCUCCUCGCAUGUCCUUCAGGAUUCGCUCACGGCAUUUUCGCGCGAUGACUUCAUCAGCUAUGGCACCAGCCUGGCCUCGGAGUGGACAGGAUCGGUCACGGUGGAUGUUUGUGGAUUGUGCGGCUUGGAAGCGGCCGACAUGGCGGAGGCCAUGAACAAAAAGGUGGAGGAUGCUUGUGGUCAAGAGGGCCUGGGCUUGCGCCGCCUCCUGCGCCAUGCGAAAGCGCAGCCGUACGACCUGGUGGUUCUGAUGGCCGGCACCAACGACCUGGAGGAUUCGCGCACCGCCGCGGCGCCCAUCGCCACGUGCAUCAAAUGCCUCCACACUGCCUGUCACGUGGAGGGCAUCCCCACCGUGGCGCUUUCAGUACCGCACAACCGGCUGGUCCACAGGCAGUUGAAGAAGAACACUUACAAAGAAAGAUGGACGCGUGUGAAUGCCUUGCUCGAGGCGUGGAGCUUGGCGGACGGAAGGCACGAAGGCGUGAUGGCCUACGUGGACGUGUCGCAGCUGGUGCCGUGGUCCACGCCCAGUUUCUGGGAUGAAGAUGGUUUGCACUUCACCGCUGCUGGCGCCACGGCCCUGGGCCGUGCCCUGGCGCCGCGCCUCCUGGCGGCGCUGCGCGACGCCGCCGCGGCCGCACCGCGGCCGGUGCCACGGCCGCAGGCGCUGGCCGAAGCGAUGCCCAUGCGUUUGAAGGUGGACGCGUGUCCUGGUUCUCCCGGUGGUUCCGGCGACGUGGAGAUGAAGGACGUGGGAAAGAGCUGGCUCUUCUAUGGAGACAGCCUCACGGCCGGGUAUCACGCCUUCGGCUGCCUCUUCGAGCCUUAUGCUUUGGCUUUGGGAGAGGUCUUGCAGAUGACGGAGCCGCAUGAGCUGUGGGUUUGCGGCUUGAGUGGCCUAGCAGCCACCGAGUUGCUGGAGCGGAAGAGUGCUCCCUUCAUCUCCGACGCCGUGGGGCGCACGGGUCACGGCCUGGAGCGCUUGCUGUCGGAGAAGACCUUCGACUUGGCCUUCAUCAUGCUGGGCACCAACGACCUCACCGACUCCGAGGAUGAGGAGAUCUUCUCGGCCAUCAGGCAGAUCCAUGAGGAGUGUCACCGAUGUCAAGUGAAGACCGUGGCCCUCGGCGUUCCACCGAGCGGCGCCGCGGCGCGGCACCGGAGCGUGGGCGACAGCCGCGCGAAGGUGAAUCAACAGCUCCAAGCCUGGGCCUCCAGCAACUCCAUGACGAUCUUCGUGGACACAGGCGACUUGUUGCCCUGGGAGAAGGACAGUGAGCUCUGGGAACUGGAUGGUCUUCACUUCUCGCGCCUGGGCUCGCAAACCCUCGGCCGCCGCCUGGCGGAGCACCUGGUGCCGCUCCUGCGCGAGCGCGAGCAGAGCGGCGGAGAGCCGAACCGGAAAAAGAAGCGAGCGGGGUCGGCGGCACGUGGCCGCCGCGGCUGCGGGGAGGAUGGCAUGAAGGCGGUGGUGGGAGAGCAGAUGAAUUGGAAGACCAUUGGCAAAGUCCUUCGUGUCAAGGAUACCUUGACCAAGGAGGUGGACUACCGCGCCUUCCUGGGCCGCUUCCGCGUCACCGUGGUGGGCGGCCCGGCCGGGGGGCAACGCUGGGCCGAGGAGCUGCUGGGACGUUUCUAUGGGCGGUUGCUGGCGCUCAAGGGCGACGCCGGCUCGCUGGAGGAGCUGGAAGGCUUCUUAGGCGGCGAUGACGGACAGGUGAGUGCCAACGAUGCGCUGAAAGCCUUCCAGUGGGUGCUGGGGAAUUAUAUCACAGAGGAGCAAACCAAGGCCUUGCUCCGCACCCUGGCAGCCCACGCCCUGCCGGAUCCUUCUCCGGUGGGACGGCCCCUGGGAGUCUUCGAGUUCCUGUCGCGGCUGGACAUUUGCUUCCAGCAACAGGCGAGUCUGAACUCGAAAGGCUCUGAGAAGCGAUUGGAGAAGGCCUCCCCCUGGGCCCGCUCGGUCCUGGGCCGCCUGGGGCGUCUGCUGUGGAUGGAGGACGCCGAGGGCUCACCAAAGGCGGCGUCUGCGCGGAUGCUGCAGGUCUUCCGAUACUUUGAUAAGGACGGCGAUGGGCUACUCCAGCGCGAGGAGUUUUCGCAGGCGGUCAAGCAGCUGCUGGCUGAAUACAAAGAGGACCUGCCAGAGAUGUUGAAGGCCGAGUCCGCCUCGGACGAGCGCAUCGCCGAGCUGGUGGACUUGGUGGAUAUCUCGGGCGAUGGCCUGGUGAACUACCUGGAGUUCUUGCACGCCUUCCAGCCCGUGGAUAGGACGCCGGGCCGUGGCUUGCGCAAGGGCAGCCUAGGAGUGCCUAGCAGCCCUCACAUGUUCUUAGUGAGAAAACGCAAGCUUCAGACCUGA